GUCCGGUGAUUCCAUGGGGUGGGAUUUGGCUGGGCCUAAACUAUCCGCGGUCCGGGACCGGUUUCUGGGCGAAGCUGCCAUGCCUUCCGGGGGCCGCGGGCGGUCCCGGCUACGGCUCGGGGAACGUGGCCUCUUAGAGCCACCCUCACCGCCCAAGCGCCGCCUGCUACCGCGGGCGCACUUCUUGCCCCUGCUUCUGCUGUCCCUGGCCGUGGCCUCGGCGUUCUACACCAUCUGGAGCGGCUGGCACCGCCAGACUGAGGAGCUGCCGCGGGGCCGGGAGCUGCGGGGCCGGUUGAUCGGAAGCCUCCCCGAAGCUCGGCUGCGGAGGGUGGUGGGGCAACUGGACCCACACCGUCUCUGGAACACUUACCUGCGCCCCCUGCUGGUUGUGCGGACCCCGGGCAGCCCCGGCAAUCUCCAAGUCAGAAAGUUCCUGGAGGCUACACUGCGGACCCUGACCGCAGGCUGGCAUGUGGAACUGGACCCCUUCACGGCCUCAACACCCCUGGGGCCACUGGACUUUGGCAAUGUGGUGGCCACGCUGGACCCAGGGGCUGCCCGUCACCUCACCCUUGCCUGCCAUUAUGACUCCAAGCUCUUUCCAUCUGGGUCGGCUCCCUUUGUGGGGGCCACGGAUUCGGCUGUGCCUUGUGCCCUGCUGCUGGAGCUGGCCCAGGCCCUCGACAGGGAGUUGAGUAGAGCCAAGGAGCAGGUCGGCAGGAAAUGUGGAUGGGUCAAGGCCGAGGGCUGGACCCAAGCUGGCCCUGACCCCUGGCUCCCACAGGAAGCCCCGGUGACUCUGCAGCUGCUCUUCUUGGAUGGUGAAGAGGCGCUGAAGGAGUGGGGGCCCCAGGACUCCCUCUAUGGCUCCCGGCACCUGGCCCGGCUCAUGGAGUCUGCACCCCACAGCCCAGGCCCCACCAGGAUCCAGGCUAUCGAGCUCUUCAUGCUUCUUGAUCUCCUGGGUGCCCCGAAUCCGAACUUCUACAGUCAUUUCCCUCACACGGCCCGCUGGUUCCAUCGGCUGCGGAGCAUCGAGAAGCGUCUGCACCGCAUGAACCUGCUACAGUCUCAUCCCCAGGAAGUGAUGUACUUCCAGCCCGGGGAGCCCCCUGGCUCUGUGGAAGAUGACCACAUCCCCUUCCUCCGCCGAGGGGUCCCGGUGAUCCACCUCAUCUCUAUGCCCUUCCCCGAUGUCUGGCACACCGCGGACGACUCUGAGGCCAACCUGCACCCCCCCACGGUACACAACCUGAGCCGCAUCCUCGCUGUGUUCCUGGCCGAGUAUCUGGGGCUCUAGCCUCCAUGGCUGACUCUGAAGGAGACGUGCCCGGCCGGGACGUGCCAAGGACACGUGGAACCGAUGGAACUCAGGCCAGGCUGCCUGGGGUAUGCUGGCUUAUCCUUUUCUUUGGUUCUACUUGUGCUAUGAUUCGAAGACCCUCUUUCCUUUGACUCUCAGGCUGCCACUCUUUAAAGACGUGGAAGAGACGAGACCACUGUGGGGGCGACAGCCAAAGGAAUAAGAGCUUAGACCCCAUCCUGGAGGAAGCACUUGGUCUGAAUGUUUGCGGGAGCCCAAGGCUGUUCUCAGUUUUAGAGUCGGCAGACCUUGGACUGGCAUCUGGGCCAGCAACGCCACCCCACCAAAUGAAUUCUCCACGGCUUAUGUUUUUAUGUCCAUGGAUGGCCACGUGGGGUCCACAGGGGAUGUGUGUGGAAACAGGAACAUAGGAGGUGGAAGCCAAUAUUUGGGAACUAGAAUCAGCCAGACCCAAGGGCAAUAAACCAGUGUUUCUGUGAAACAUUCUA